UAUUUAUCCAAGCAACCUAGUCUGAACGUCAGAAAAUUCAUGUCUUCGAAAGCCAAGAAAGGAAAGAAAAAACCCAAAUCGGUUAACGAUGUGAGCAAAAGCAAAGACACUCUGACCAAUAAAAAAAUCCACGCCUAUUUCACCAAUGAGGAGAUCGCCGAAAUCAAGUCCAUCAUGAAGACGAAGGACGUGACAGGAGUCCCCUUCGCCAUCGCCGCAACCCUCCUCUACAAACCCGACCUACUGAAAAAACUCCUCAAAGACGGCUUCAACGUCAACCAAACCGGCCAGAACAACAUGACGGCCCUGAUGUGGGCCGUCAAGCACAAAUAUUUGGACAUCGUCGACUAUCUCCUAACGAACGGAGCCGACCCAACUAUCAAAACCGACAGCGGCGAUAACGUGCUAAUCCUAGCUCUGGAACACAAACUUUGGGACGAGCAGUCCAUGAUCAAUCUCUGGAAGGCCGUCAAAAAGGUCAGUUUCAUCGACGUUAACUUCACCAGCAAGAACGGCCACAACAUGCUCCACAUGUGCGUGCGAAGGGAGUGGGAGCAGCUCCUGAAACUCCUCCUGAACGAAAAGCCUGACGUAGAUGCGGGGAACUCGAACGGGGUUACGCCCCUGAUGCUGGCGUGUUUCCGCAACAAUAUCAGUAUCAUUACAACGUUGAUCAAUGCGGGCGCCGAUAUACUGAAGGAGGACAACCACGGGAGGAUGACUCUGUGUUACGCCAUCUCCUCGUGCAUGAAAGUGAGCAAGCCGCCGUUUCCGGCCACCGAAAAAAUCAUAACCGAGUUGAAAAACAAAUCGUCGUUGGAGAAUUACCUGAAACGGCGAUUGGAACUGAUAAUUGCAACGGCAAAGAAAUCGGAGAUCUCGUGCGCAACAGCCGAGAUGCUAAUCAAGAUUGUUCAAUUCGCGGUCCAGUAUAUGGAAGAGGGUAUUCCAACGUUUUUGGAGUGUGACGUAUUUGCACAAUUGUUAGAAAUUAUCACGUCGAGGUUGGACAAUAGUGCCAUCGUCAAAUUUCUCCUCGAGGUGUGCGAGGAGAUCCUUUUUUACAACGAACAAUGUGUCGGGUACAAAGUCGAGUUGGGUAAUAAACUGGUUGAAGGUUUCUACGCAAGCGGUCUAGUGGAUAAUGUCUUGGAAGUUCUGCGAAAGCAGAGUGAAGAAGCCAAAAUUGCGUUCAAGGUGCUACUUUUGGGGUUUAACAAUGACGAACGGUGGGAAAAAACCAUGAGGGACAACAGUGACGUCCUUUCGCCGCUGCUAAACGACCCUCAAAACUUGGAUGAAGACGAAAGUCGGGCAAAAAUCUUGAAGAACAAGAAACGAAAAUUGAAGAAAGUCUUUGAGAAUUUGGACGUGGUGGCGCAACCGUUCGUCGAUUCAUCGGACAAGAAUUCGGAAGAAAAGAAGAAGAGUGAGAAUGGUGUUAACUUCUCGAAGAAGUCAAGAAGACGUUCCAAGACAAUCAAAGCUAAGCUCACAAAAAUGAAAAGUGCAGAACUUACGAAAAGACUGAACUUGAACGGGAAAAAACUCAACCAAAGACCCUCAAAACAAAAUUUGAAUAACAAAGUCGGGCCCAAUGGAGAAAUUGAAUUUUUACUCAAACCGACUGAUACGUUCGAAGGUCGCAAUCCGAUAGUUACCUCGCUUCGGCACUUGUUAAAAAUUGACGUGGACACAUUUGAGAAGAAAAAGAUAGAACAAGACGUUCACCCACACUGGAAGAAGGAAAUCUUAACAAUGUCACAGGUUGAUAUUUCCAAAUAUUUUCCUUUAGAUCAGGACAAACUUGCCAAGGCUGUUAACUACCUCAAGGAAUCAACUUGCCAAAAAUACAAUCUAAAUAUUAACCGUUCCCUGAACAUUAUUAUAGACUAUCUGAAACAACUCGUCCAACUGAUAGUGAGAAAGUACCGAGAGCAUUGGGAAAAUGAUAGAAUAUCGGGCACUUGCUCCUGUUUAGAUAUAAAUGAACACGUCCCUUGGUUAUUCAACCAACACUUGAGGAACCUAGAAUCGCGCGAGAAGCACAUGCUUCAAGAGUUGCAAAAAACCUUCGACCAACUGAUCAAAUCCGUGAAAGAACUGGCCCACAAGGACGUGUCUCAUUGCCUCAAAGCCCUCAACCAGAUUGAGACCUCAAUCCUCAAUUACGAAAUCCGCGGAAUCAAAGUUCUCUCCUACGUUACCGGCAUGGAAACCUUUACUCUCAAAUACAAAACAAUGAACCCGAAAGUGGACACCACUUUCGUCCUGAACCACGUGCAGAACGUGGUCAAUAAUCUCGAAGAGGCGCGAAACGACAUCGAAAUUGAAGUAACCGACGAAGUCGAUGACGUCUCGUUCGUCGAAUCGUACAAAUCAGAAACCCCGAUUGAGCUUUUUUUCCGCGAACUGUCCCAAGUCGGGGAACCCGACCCAAAAAACAAGCGCAAAGAAAUCGAGGCGAAACUGAACACAAUCGCUAACGGGUUUCACUUGAUUAACUCGAUAAUGGCGCUGUGUGACGACGACUCAAGUGAGCAAAAAUUCUACCGAAUUGCCGACCUGAUGUAUCCGCUGCGGGGCACGUACCAGAAACCGCAGUCCUAUCCGGAGAUUUCCGAAUAUAUGCCGAAACGGCUCAAAUCGCAAAUCUCCAGCUUGCAGAACUGUAACUCCUUCCAGAAGCUGCUAGGAGGGGAAAUUCGCAUCGCCACCAAGGAGCGGAGAGUUAAUUACAUUAUUUCGGCCGGCGUUAACUUCACGGCCGUGGAGUUGGGGUUGGACAUCAACAGCCAGCCGCUGGCUGUGAAGAGAAUCCCGCGGGAGAGCUGGGUGGGGAAAAUGGUCAAGACGCUGGCGGAGCCUUUGCUAGGCUUGAUGGACAAUCACGUUUUGCACUAUUUCGCGUGUGAAUACGAGGGGAAUGAGUUGAUUCUUGCCACUCCAUUGUGUAAAUGGACCCUGGGGCAGUACAUUCAAUUGUUGAGACAUAGCACUGCGUCCACUGUUCCCAACUUGACGGGGCUCCAGCUUGUUAAGCAGUUUCUGGCCGGUCUGAUGGUCCUGCACAAGUGCGAAAUGCCCAUAGUGCAUGGCAAUCUCAAACCGUCAAACAUUUUCAUAGAUUUUAACGGCUUGGUGAAAAUUGCCGAGUUCGGCAUUCACAAAGCUCUGUACAAGAUUAUCGAAGCACCGAAAAGCUCGCUGAUUUGGUUCGCCAAAGAAACUUUGGAUAUUUACAAAAAUAGCUCAAUUGUUGACUGUACGCUCAAGUCGGACAUACAAGUGGCCGGAAUGCUCAUUUUUUACAUUCUAUCGUUCGGGAAGCACCCGUUUGGUUGCGAUACCGACGAGAUUUUGAAAAAUAUACAAGGGGGAGCCCCCAGACUUAACAUAAAACACCUCGAGAUGAAGGACCUGCUUUCGUGGAUGAUGGCGAGUGACAUCAACGAGCGGCCCAACAUUGAGCAGGUGUUAGCGCACCCUUUUUUCUGGUCCCACGACCACAAAUGGAGUUUCAUUCUUUGUUGCUCCGGAAUUAACGACACUGGCUACAUUUUACCGCUCAACAUCGACAAACUUCACAGGAGCAUCGAUGCUUACGCCAGUUUUUACAUUAAAUUAGAAUGGCAUGAAGAAAUCGCAAAGGCGUUCCCCAGUGUGGGAAUCACCGAAUAUAACAAUGUUGUCGGAUUGUUGAAUUUUAUCAAAAACUGUCACGACCACCAGGCAGAGCGCGAAUUGACGGUUUCAGAUUUAAGUUGCGUCAUUUUAUCCCUGUUUCCGGCGCUUCCGGUGGCUCUGUACAGGGCGCUGCAGAACACAAACUGGUUCAGGCAUCCAGUUUUUAUCCCCUUUUGUCAGUUAUUUUGACCGAUUUUAUUUAUACUUUUCAUUGUGAUAUUUUUCGAAUAAAAACCUCGUUUGUGUUA